GGAUGAGGAAGAGGAGGACAGCGCUGCUGCUCCGCUCCGUCACAGCUCGGUCCGCCCGCGUCCGUCCACGGCCGCGUUCCGCGCAGACUUCCUCCGUGUCCCGUCACUCAGCAGCGUUUUUCGGGGGGGGGGGCUUCUUCGGGACCGCUCGGUUUUUUAUGUGUGGAGGAACGAGACGCAGGGACCGAGAAGGUGAAACCGCGAGCGCGCGCCCGAGGCAAUGGAGAAGCACAAAGUGCUGGACCAGCUCCUGAUGGAGCUCCACCGCUUCCUGCUGGUCCUGGACAAGGAGACGCUGAGUGGGAGCGCCACCGUCCAGAAGGGCCUGCUGGCCGACCUCCUGCACAGCUACAGCGCCUCCAACGGCGGCGACGAGGAGUACAUCUACAUGAACAAAGUCAUUGUCACCGAGAAGGACAAGAGUUUGAAAGAUGACAAAUCAGAUGCCCUGGUCAACGGAAAAGCAACAAAACAUGGUCCAGUCCCACAGAAGACCCUUCCAGACCUGCCGCCCCCCAGAAGCGGUGUGGUUGGUCGGGAGCCGUUCCCGUUGCCCCCCCUUCCCGCCCCGGCCUGCGUGGACGCAUCGGAGAGCUACUAUGAGGAGGCUCAGCCCUAUGAGGAGACCAUCAACGACCUGCACCGUCUCGCCCUCCUCUCAGGGCCGUGGAUGCGGGUGCAGCGCUCUGACAGCGUGGUCUAUGCUGUUAUUACCAGGGACGACGGCGAGGCAGUCAGCAGCUCGUACGAGUCCUACGACGAGGAUGAGGCGGCGCGGGGAAAGUCCACCCAGCACCAGUGGCCGUCGACCGAGGCGUCGAUCGAGCUGAUGAAGGACGCGAGGAUCUGCGCCUUCCUGUGGAGGAAGAAGUGGCUGGGCCAGUGGGCCAAGCAGCUGUGUGUCAUCAAAGACCAUCGCCUGCUGUGCUAUAAGAGCUCCAAGGAGCAGACGCCCCUGCUGGACGUGAGUCUGCUGGGCUGCAGCGUGAUCUACAAGGAGAAGCAGGUGAAGCGGAAGGAGCACAGGCUGAAGAUCGUCCCCCUGGGAGGCGAGGCCAUCGUGCUGGGGCUGCAGAGCAAGGAGCAGACGGAGCUGUGGCUGAAGGUGAUUGAGGAGAUCAGUCCCAAACCGGCGGAGAGCGCCGACUCGCAGCUCCCCGCCGCCGACUCGCCGCGGCUCAUCUGCACCAAGGGCGAGCUGAGCGAGCGGCACUCGGCGGCGUCGGAGAGCGGCAGCAGCACCGACAGCCACGCCGAGACGCCCGAAAGCAAAGACGUGAAGAAAAAGUAUGGCGCGGGUUUGAUGUUCAGCAACCUCAUGAACAUCGGGAAGAAAAAGCUGUCGUCGCUGGAGAGCUCGGAGAAAUGCGUGGACACGUCAGGCUACCUCAACGUGUUCGUCAACAGCCACUGGAGGACCUGCUGGUGUCUGAUCAAGAACGGGCAGCUGUGGUUCUACCAGGACAAGGGCAAGAACAAAGUGAGCCAGCCCGCCGUGACCCUGGAGGGCUGCAGCAUCCUGCCCGACCCCAGCCCCGAGCACCUGUACUCCUUUAAGAUCGACAUGGACGGCGCCCAGCUGGUCACGCUGGAGGCCAAGUCCUCCGACGACAUGGGGCACUGGCUCGGCCUGCUGUUGUCGCAGACGGGCAGCAAAACCGACCCCGAGGACCUGACGUACGACUACGUCAACGCAGAGAGGAUCUCCAGCAUCGUCAACGCGGCCAGGACUUCCCUCUACUUCAUGCAGAGGAGAUAUUCUGAGCCCAAUACCUACAUCGACGCCCCGCCGCCGAUCCCUCACAACUCUGACGACCUGUACGACGAUGUGGCGUCUAUAGCCGAUCCAGAGGAUGCUGCUGAAGAGGGCGGCGAGGACAACAGCCCCGAGGACAAGAGCGAGACGCGCACACGGGAUUCCCAGGACGCCGCGGCACAAGAGCAGGACCCUGACAACAGGAUUUACCUGGACCUCAUCCCCGUGAGAUCCUUCCUCCACACACCUGCUGGAGAAAGAGUGUCACCGGGCACAGAAACGUCGACACAUUCCCCAGUCGCUGCAGAGGACCAGCUGGACUCCUCGUAUCAAGAGGUCAGUUCUUGUCCUCCAGAGCCAACACCUGCGUUCAAUGAAGUAGGUUCAACGUCUGCCAACAGCGACCCUGGACAGGACGGUCCCCUGACUAAGGCUAAGACCCCGACCCAGAGCCAGGAGGCAGCCAAGAGGGUGGGCACCGGAUUCACACAGGCCUUUGGCUCCAAAGCCCCCACAGCUGCUGGCUUCCCUCACAGUCCUCAGCCCAUGCGGCUAAAGGCGCAUACGAUAGGGUCUCCUUGUUCCGUCGAAGUGAAACUGGGAAAGAACCGCACUGAGGCCGACAUGAGACGCUACAUUGACGAGCGCGAUUGUCUUCAGAAGGAAAAGGACGAGGUGAGGAGCAGCCUGGCGAGCCUGAAGAAGGAGAGGAGGGAGAUCAAAGAGGAGCUCAGCGCCUGCCAAGACUCCCAGCAGCAGGCCUUAAUAGAGGCCCGGCUGAAGCAGAAGGAGGAGGAGUGUCGCGAGGCGGAGCGCCGGCGGGUGGAGGUGGAGCUUAAGCUGAUGGAAGUGAAGGAAAGUCUGAAGAAGGUCGAGUCGGGGCCGUUCACACUGGGAACCACACUGGACAGCAGCCGCCAGGACACGGCGCCGGCUAAAGCAGCCGCUGCGCCCGCCGCUCAGACACCCCCACCGUCGUCCCAUCUCUCCACCAUCACCGUCACCAUCACCGCAGACUCUGCCUCACCUGUGAACUCGGCAUCCGCUCUAAAAACCAGACCAGCUUCCAUGAUGGGCACAAAGGGCAACGUCCUGCAGAAAGCCAAGGAGUGGGAGAAGAAGUCCACCACCUAGAGGAUGAACUUAAAAACCCUCCGACUACUAAAAUCCAAACUGUCUUAGUUUGGAUGUUUGUCAAUGAGCCAAACCAGCGUCCUCCCUCCUUCAGCGCCUCUUAAACUAGACUGCGAGAAGAGUCCCAGUGAUGAACUUUACGUUUUAAUAACUUUUCUAUGAGCUUUUUCAAACUGUCUGAACCUUUGAUGUAGUAGCAUUGUGGCAGUCUAACGGGGAGAAAGUUUCCAGGAUGCAGAAAAGCCAAACAAUUAAAACCACUCGAGUGCGACGCCUGCGUGCUGAACUGGCCGUUCUGUCCACUAUACAUCGUAGCUUGGUUCAUAUAUGCUGGUAGCCAAGAUGUAAAUAUAUUUACAUCAGUAUUUAGCCUUUUGGCUUGUAUUGCUAGCUAAAAAUGCACUUUUUAUGAAAAAUAAAAAUGUACUGACAAUAA